UACGAGCAGCGAGCGGCCCGCGGCGAGGCGGGAGAUGGUGGGGUGGGCUCUGGCAGGAUCGCGUCGCCUCCGCCGCCGCCGCUGCUGCUGCCCGGAGCCUGGGCUCGGUACCGCCCCGCCGGCCCCCACCGAGCGCAGCCCUGCUUCCUCCUCGCCGCAUCCCUGAGGGAAGCGCCGCCUCUGCUCCCGGGUUCUGCUCCUUCCUGGCCAGACCCCGCGGCGCUCCACCCGGGUGGCCGCAGGAGCAGCUCUCCAGGCUGCCGUUGUUGCUGUCUCUCUCCCUCUCCCCCUGCCUUUUCCCCGUCUCCCCACAACCCCCCACCGCCUCGGAUCCUUCGGCUGGGCGGCUGAGGCAAAGGGGAAGAGGCUGGGGUCGCCACGGGGAAGGUUGCUGCCGCCACCCCCCUGCGGGGGUGGCCGGGGUUCCCGGCUGGGGGGGCACCGUUCCAGGUGAGGCAUCCACCAUGGUGAGGCCCCUGAGCCGCUGUCCCCGCGCCCCCCCGGCCGCCGCUGCCUCCUGCCCCUCGGUGCUGCUGCUGCUCCCCCGCCUGCUGUUGCUCCUCCAUCUCCAGAUCGGAUCACGUUGAGGGAAAGAUGAGCGAGGAGACGGCGACUUCUGACAACGAUAAUAGUUAUGCACGAGUGCGAGCUGUGGUGAUGACCCGAGAUGACUCGAGUGGUGGCUGGUUACCACUGGGAGGGAGUGGACUAAGCAGCGUCAGUGUCUACCGAGUCCCUCAGCAGGAAGAGAAUGGCUGUGCUGACUUUGUUAUCCGUGGAGAACGACUCAGGGACAAAAUGGUGGUUUUGGAGUGUAUGCUUAAAAAAGACCUCAUUUAUAAUAAGGUCACUCCAACAUUUCACCACUGGAAGAUCGAUGACAAGAAGUUUGGCCUUACCUUUCAAAGUCCUGCUGAUGCGAGGGCUUUUGAUAGAGGCAUUAGAAGAGCCUUAGAGGAUAUUUCUCAAGGAUGCCCAGCAUCAAAAAUUGAAGCUGAAGAAGCUGAAGAUGACUUACAAGUAACUGAAGAGGACACUUCCAGUUCUCUUGUGAAAGAGCACCUUUUCCAGCAAGAUACCGUCAUUACCAGUGAGCCUUACCGAAGCUCGACUGUCAGAACUUCUCCUUUUGAGGAUCUCAAUGCCAGAAGAGUCUACUUGCAAAGCCAAGCCAAUCAGAUGACAUUUGGUCAGCCAGGCCUAGACAUUCAGAGUCGAAGUAUGGAAUAUGUGCAGCGGCAAAUAUCCAAGGAAUGUGGAAAUCUAAAGCCCCCAAAUAGGGUGCCCUUGAAGUCAAUCAGACACGUCAGCUUUCAAGAUGAAGAUGAGAUUGUUAGAAUAAAUCCUCGAGAUAUCUUAAUACGUCGCUAUGCAGAUUACAGACAUCCCGACAUGUGGAAAAAUGACUUGGAGAGAGACGAUACUGACUCCAAUAUUCACUUUUCUAAACCAGAGAAUAAGAAAUCAGACUAUCUGUACUCUUGCGGGGAUGAGACUAAGUUAAGUUCACUCAAAGACUCCGUGGUAUUUAAGACACAGCCUUCCUCAUUAAAAGUUAAGAAAUCAAAACGAAGAAAAGAGGAUGGUGAACGUUCUCGCUGCGUAUACUGCCAGGAAAGGUUUAAUCAUGAAGAAAAUAGCAGAGGAAAAUGUCAGGAUGCUCCAGAUCCUAUUAAACGAUGUAUCUAUCAAGUUAGUUGCAUGCUCUGUGCAGAGAGCAUGUUGUAUCAUUGUAUGUCAGACUCAGAGGGAGAUUUUACUGAUCCCUGUUCAUGUGACACUAGCGAUGACAAGUUCUGCUUACGGUGGCUAGCCCUGGUAGCUUUGUCUUUCAUUGUACCUUGUAUGUGCUGCUACGUCCCUCUGAGAAUGUGCCAUCGCUGUGGUGAGGCAUGUGGGUGCUGUGGUGGGAAGCAUAAAGCUGCUGGAUGAAGUAAUCCAGUGCCAGAAUGAGCUUACAAUCUUUGUUUCCAGGGAUUAGCUAACUUGGAUUUGUGGAAGCUUUUGGCAAGCAGUAUGGAAUCUUGCCUGGUAUCAUGUGGGCCACAUGUGGAGGAAGCAGAACUCAUCCGUUCCUGGCAUUUCACUAAUGCUAGCCGUGCCUAACUUUUCCCUUGAGUGCAUGGCAUGUUUUGUUACAGGUUGUAGAGUAUUUACAGAAGGAAAUCGUUUCUGAGUAUUGGCUAUAAAAGCAUAAACUAUCCAACUGCAAGGGAUUAAUUUUGGCAUUUUUGUAUAUUUAUGCAGUAGGUGAUGGGAUUUCUGGGUUUGAAUUCAUUAGGAUACAAACUAAAAAGUGCACUAGCAGGCAGUUGAUUUCAACCUAAGAAAAGUUAACACUUGGGAAUUAUAAGAAGUAAAAACAAGUGCAACUAAAUCAUUUCUUAGUUGUUUUUUGAAAGCAGUUUUAUGUAUAAAUAACAAAUGUUUAUAUUUAACUAAUGUAAGGUACGAAUUAUUACAUAUUAAACUUUCCUUCCCCUUCCUAGUUUGGAAGUAGAUAACACAUUUGUCUACUGUCACAUUCCAUAUAUUUUGAAUAUUUAACUCAUCUAGUUAAUAAUGUUUUUAUUCCAUGUAAAUGAUUUGGUAUUUCCAUCCUCAUUUCACUUUGGCUACAGUUUAUAUUGAGUUAUAUCUAUACAUUCUCAAAAACCCUUAAAAAUAUUCUAAUAGCCUUGAGUGACCAACCCUUUUUUUUUAAGCACAGAUGUAAUUGUCUAAUGUUCUGAUGGGAAUGUAACACUUAUUUUUAUAUAAAAAAGAGACUUGAGUAAACAUUAUUAAAAAAAGUGAAGUUUUUUUAGUCAUUUUGUUUUAUAUGGUAUUCAACCAGCAAGUUGUUUUCUUUCAGAGCUUCAUCCUUCAGAAAAAUUACAUAUCGCAUUUACAAACAUUUUACAAGGCAAAAAAUGUAACUGGAUAGUAGACAUAAAACAGUUUUGAUAUCUCCUUUGAUUCUGCUAAAACAGCAUGUUCAGCUGUGUUAUUGUUUAAUAAUUCUCAAUGCUCACUAUUCACAUAACUGAUCAUUUUGCUCAGUUAUGUUUUAUUUUUAUUUAAAUGGGCCAAAAGCAAAAUUAUGUUAAAAUGUGUGCUAACUACCCCGGAAAGUGUUAAUCCAGCAUUGUGAACGAAAUGUUUUGUACAUAUCCGUUUGUUUUGCAGGCUGUUGUCUUACUGGAUGUUUAAUUUGCAGCAUUAGUUGGAUACAUGUUACAACAAACUGUUUAAAUAUCAUGGGAUCAGAUUUUUUUUUUUAAUAUUACGUUAAAACUCUAACCAAGCAAGGGGUUCUGUAAGAACAUUCCCUUAGAGGGAAAAGUUGAGAAGCGUGCCUUUUUAUCAAUGGCUUAACAUUUCAAACGUGAUAAAAAUUAAAAUCACACUACCAUUUAAAGCUCAUUUUCUAUGCAGGAUUUUUAAUGUCAUUUACGUAUCAUUCUUUUUUACAUAUCGUACUUCAGCUUGUGUUAGCUUUUUUCUUUUGCUCCAGAUCAAACUGAACAAUGUAUAUAUAACACUAUCUGUCUGUAAAAUACUUUUUUUAAGAAAGCAUUUAUAUUUAUAUGACAGCUUGAACUGACAAUAUUGUGUAUAUAGAUCAUCUUGAGGUAUUAUUUCACAUUGAAAAGAAGAAAAUAUAUUGAUAACUAUAGAUGUUAUGAAGAAGAGGUUAUUUCUAGUUUUGUACUAAAAAUCAAUUGGAUGAGCUAAGUCCAAACCAUGACACCGUAGCAGCAGUUUUAAGUCUUAUUUUUACUGUUUAUAUAUUUGGAUGCUGCUGCAUCAGAUGAUCUUCAUCCCUGAAGUUUUCAGCUAAACUUGGUUUUCUAGAAUAGACUGUUAACUUUCAAAAUUAAAAUUACUUUUUACUGGUGAUAUGGAAAUUCUGAUUUUCCUUGUGAAUGAGUUUUCAUAUUUGUAAGUGCUGAGUUUAUAAUUCAGGUUUGAGCAAGGUGUGAAUUACUGAAGAAAAUAACUUGCUGGCUAUAGGAAAAUGCUGUGGAAAUUAACCGUGUACAUACUUGUGGGAAGAACAGAUUUAAUCAUUUUUUUCCUGUUAAGCACUAAUCAGUGUAGUGCAACUCCUGGUUCUGUACUGUAUUUUAUAUGCAACAUAUAUGCUUUAAUAUUUUAAUGUUUGUGCAUUAAUAUUUUCAAUUUGUUUAACCACUUUGCUGCUAAGAUUUUGCCAUCCCCAUUUUUCUUUUUACGAUUUUAAACAAGUUUCUUCAUUAAAAACUACGGUGAUGAAAUGGUUUUUAAUUCAGCUUGGGUCUUUAUAAAAAACAUACCCUGUUUCUGAAUCAGUCUAGAAGUCUGACUAAAUAAUAUUGUCAUCUGAAUCCACUAAGUGGAAAAUUUCUCCCAUGAGUUACAAUUCCUGUGUGAAAACAAAUGGAUAGUAUAAAUCUCUGAUUCUUAAAAUGUGUACAGAUAUAUUUGAGGUGUCCUGUUUUCUAUAGAUUUGCCAAUGCCAAUUGGCUUUUCCUCUAAAACUUUGUUUUUAAUAUGACUUUAUGAGCAGAUGACUCAGCAAAACUGCUUUUUAAGUGUUAGUAAAUAUUGAAAACAAAAAACGUAAAUGGCAUGACAGGAUUUUGAUAAACUUGUUCAGAAUUGAUCAUUCAUCAUUGAUACUAAUGACUUGAAAUGAGAUGCACAGUGUGGAGCCUCAGCGCCCCCUGCUGGGUGAUUUCCAGACCAGGACAUGAGAUGGCCAUAGGGAUCUGGAGAGUUCAUGGCCACUAGCAACAGGGAUGUCUAAAUGGUGGCCACCUCCUGGUGGGAAACCAGGAGUAAGAAGUAUCUCGAACAACUGUAAGAUUCUUUUCCCUAAUGCGUCUUGUUGGUCACAAGAGAUUUUAAGCACUUUUUUCUUACAUAUUCUGUUUAAAAAUAUUUAUUGAUAUUGGGAACUGCUAGUCAAAGUUAGUAGAUAAGCUGAGGCAUUUUUUGAACCAGUUCCUUUUACUUGUAAAAGCCAUACCAAAACGGUAUUCUUAUUUUUCCUCCCAUUACCAGUCAGGGAGAAUUUGAAAUAGAAUAAGACAAUAACAACAACAAACCCUAGUCAUUUCAUCAUGACAAUUACAGAGAAUGUGUGUGUAUGUUUCUGAGAUGGUGGCUGGGCAGGGCUUUAUAUUUAAAGGGAAAAACUUGAAACUACCUACUUUCAUUGGUUAUUCAGCAGUGCCUAAAAUGAACUUUUAAAGUAAAAUAAAUGCACUUUCAAUUCAUGUAUGUAGUGCCAUCUGGUAUUUUAGGUAAGUCUUGGUUUCUUUCUUUCUCCUCUUCCUCCCUUCCUGAAUGGCACACGAUGUUUCUUCUUGUCCAUGAGGUCUACAGAGUGCGGGAAGCAGGUAUUUUCCUUCACAUAGGCAAGAGAAAGGAUUUUAAGGAUGUUUCUCUAGGAAGUUUACUAAACAUCUUGUCUUUACCCUUGAAAAUGUAUGUUGAAGACUGGGUUUUUAAUAACCCAAAGAUGCAUUAAACAAGUGUGACAACAUUUUUCUACAUGAACCCUUGAAAAUUUUUGUUACUGAAAAACAUAUUCUUCACUAAAUAUUACUCUCAUUCUUGAUUUGACCUCCAUGAUCACCUUUCUAAAUAUGAGGGAAAGCACUAGAAACUUGCACUACUGUUGCACUUAAAAUUAGUUCCGUAAAUCACAAUAGCACUGUUAAGGUGCUUUGUGAUUACUCCGAUAAUAAUAAAAAAAAAAAUUAACAAAACACAACCAGAGGUGAUUUAUGUAAACCAAAAAAAGGGCUUUAAGGUAUUAAGAUACUGUUUGCCUAGCAGCCAGGUGGUUAUAAAAUUUUCAUGUGCUUUGGUACACUGAUAAAUGUUAGUCAUUGUUCCUGAAAGCUUCUUUAAUGGCAUAAGUUGUUAACUUUAACUUUUUUCAAAGAUAACCUAGUUGAAAAGCCUUUGUAUUAAAGAUACACAUAGAUUUUUGUGAACUUUUCCAGUGUGUAGUCUCACUUGCUUUCUAUUCUUGACCUCAAAAGUGCCUCACUUGUAUAUUAUUUCCAUUAAAAGCUUGACUGAAUUCUUUCUAAAAAGUAAUGAAAAAUGGUUUUAACUCAUGUCAUAAUGUAUCUCCUCAUAUAUAGUUGAGUAGUUUAAUAGUUUUGAGUAUAUAAUGUAAAUAUGCAUAUAUAAGUUUGUAACCUUUUUUGUUACAUCAUAUCCAUGUAAUUGGACAUAUCAGAUGAUAUCAUAAGAAUUUGUUUUAAUGGUUUUUCCCCUCUUUGGAAUUACCUAAUUAAAUCUAUCAUGAAAUAUAAAA